AUGGCCCGAACCCUGCCCAGGGAAUCAAAUGGAACUCACGUGUUAGCAAAUUUCAAGAGAAUUGGUGUAAAAAAAAGUAAAUCGCCGCAGGGUCCUAAGGCUGGGCCGCCUAAACGCGGAGGAAACUCCCUUUAUGUUGCUCAGUACGCUCGGAUUGUUCAAAAGCUUAGCUUUCCUGCAAAGUUCAAGGAAUGCAAGAUUCAGAACACUGUAGGCUCUUGUGAUGUGAAGUUCCCCAUUAGACUUGAAGCUCUUGCAUACUCUCAUAGUGCUUUCUCAAGUGUAAGUGAUAAUCUGAAGAAUUGUAUAUCAUUGUCGUUGUAA